AUUCGCAAGAUAAGAAUUCAGACGAAGCAUCAAACGGAGGAAUAUUUUAAGGAAGGGCAGUUUCGUAAAUCCACAGGGGAGGGUUCAUUUGGUUAUAGUUUGCUGGCUGAAUGGGCGUUGCAUUUCGACGUGUCUUGGCGACUCUUCCUUCUCCUUCGUGCUUCUCCAGACAUCUAGGCGUUGACGUUGGUGCUCCUCUGUGAAAUCGAAGUUCUUAAUCUCUCUGAUUCAAACCUGUCUCGUCUCAAAAUCUUACCUAGGUGAUGAAAUGUGUGAGUGAAUGUCAGAGAUGGACAUGCUCCGAAGGUUUUGGAACAGCCCGAUCGGACCAAAAACAACUCAUUUUUGGGGCCCUACCUUCAACUGGAGCCUACCCAUAGCGGCAGCAGUGGACACCAAGAAACCCCCAGAAAUGAUCUCUCUCAACAUGACUGCAGUGAUGUGCGUGUAUUCGGCAAUGUUCAUGAGGUUUGCUUGGGUGGUACGGCCUCGUAACAUUCAUCUAAUGGUAUGCCAUAUCUCUAAUGAGACUCUGCAACUCUAUCAGCUCUCUAGGUACCUCUCUGCUCCCAGGCAGCUGGAGCAAGAAAAAGAGGAGGAAGCAGGUGCUAAGUGAACCUCGGAUAAAAUAUUUGUUCCUUUCAUUGGAUGUAAUUUUCCAUUUUGGUUAAUGAUCAGUGUGCCUAAAAAAUUGCUAUAUUGUCUAUCUUUAAUUUCCUUGUAAUUGAAUUCCCCGUUGACUUUUUAUAAUUUUAUAGAUAUCACGCCUCGCUUGGGCUGUACUUUUUAUUA